GUUCAGUCGUUGCGUGACCGGUUUCGAGGUUCGAACUCUGUUCACCACACGGGUCUGACUCACCGUUACGACCGAUGCGAGAGAAUAGUGUCAUAGGAAAGUGGUGCCUUCGCUUCUCUCGCACCAACUGAAGACGGCUCAUUUUGCGCGAUUAUCAUGUCUCUCUUCGCGUUUAGUCUGAUGUUAAUCGUAAACGUACUAGUCGUUAGAAAAGUUUCUGCCCAUGGAAGACUGAUAGAGCCACCAUCGAGAGCCUCUAUGUGGAGGUACGGCUUCGAUACACCACAUGAUUAUAAUGACCACGAAUGCUAUUGCGGCGGUUUUACCAGACAGUGGCAACGGAACAAAGGAAAAUGUGGCAUCUGUGGAGAUCCCUGGGAUUCUCCAAUGCCACGUUUGCAUGAGACUGGCGGCAAGUAUGGGAACGGAGUGAUCGUCCGUCGUUACCGAACCGGAUCUAUUAUACCGGUGCGUGUGGAAUUGACAGCGAACCAUCACGGUUAUUUCGAAUUCCGAACGUGCGCGAUAUUCUAUCGUGACCGGGAGGUCACCCAGGACUGCUUGGACCAGUAUCUACUUCGCGCCGAGAAUGGAUCCAUCCGCUACUAUCCUGGCCCUGGCAAUCGGGUUUUCGAGAGUUACUACAAGUUGCCAGAGAGUCUAACAUGCGCCCAAUGUGUCUUCCAGUGGCGAUAUGUUGCAGGCAAUAACUGGGGUGAUUGCGGUAAUGGCACAGGAGCUGUUGGAUGCGGUCCUCAGGAGGAGUUUCGUGCUUGCGCCGACAUUACCAUCGGCGAUAACGAGGCGACAUUACCACCGAAACUACCGAAGCAACCAACUCCUACGUUCACGGAACAAUCACCGACAAACGCGAGCCCAUUGCCAAAAUCCGGACCAUAUUGGCUGUUUAGUAUCGUCAUCGCCAGUACUUGUUUGUUGGUAGUGUUAGCCACUAUGGCGUUGCUUUAUACGUACUACUAUCACACUGGCAGAGCCAAAAAGUGGCUCAUGGCGAGAAGAAUGUUAACUCAAGAGAGUCCGCCAAUUGCACCACCGAGGCACAAAAAGCAUCAUAAUCACGUAUCAAACACUCAGUUGCAGUUAUAGAAAUCUAUAAUCUAUAUCUAUAAUCUAUAUCUCAAUUAUUAAUAGGGAGAAAUAUAUUUUAGGGAGAAAUAUAGUGACAGAUUUUCGGACUUUCGUAUUUUAAAAAGAAAUAAGGCAAAUUAGGACGUCUAUAAUAGUAGGCACUUCUAAAGAUAUCGAUUAUAUUUAUGCUCGGAAUUACUUUUAAUAUGGAAAUUAUUUUCGAAGGCUACACCUACUUAGUUUUUUUUGCCACUUUAAACUCGCUCGAUGAGCGACGCGACUGACAGUCGCGGUGUUCAGUUUCAAAACCGUUGAUAAUGAUUUGUGAGGCGCUUAACAGUUGAAAUAAUUUUUUCCAAAUAACUUAAAUAUGUCAACAGUCUUGAAGCUGAGUGACAGGAUUGUCAGUCGUAUGAUCCGUCAGUCGAGCUGGAGCGGUAAAAGAAAGUAAGUAGGCAUAAUUCUCAAAAAUCACCUCAAAAUUGAAAAUAAUUUCGAAAGUUGGAUUACAUUAAAAAUGGAAAGAAGCAAAAUUUUAAUGUUCUCAGACAGAACAACAUAUUACGAUAACGUAAAAAAGACGAAAAAAUUAUUAUAAAAUUCACUUUUCUAUCAUGAUCCUAUCACAUUCUCGUCAUUUUGACGUCAUCGUAAUUUCCUAUUCUACUUAGAUUCUACUUAGAUUUAAUCUAACUAUUCUGUUUCUAAGGUAAUUCAUCCGUAAAACUAUUUUUAUCGAAGUCUUUUAAAAAAAAGGUUAAAAACAUUUUUCUUAAAAAUACAGUGUGUCUUAAAAAUAUGGGAACCCCUGAUAUUAAUAUUAAUAUUAAUAUUUUUUUAUAGUGAGAUUUCUCGAUAAAACUUUCAAAACAAAAGUUGUAGGAUUUCAAAAACUGAAUCUGAUGGUGAACUUAAAAUUGACCUUAAGUUUGACCUUAAGUUAAAGGCCAUUUCAAGAUCAACUUUAUUUUUUCAAAUGAUAUUUUCAAAUGAUAUAUAUAUAUAUAUAUAUAUAUAUAUAUAUAAUUUGCACUAAGUUUGAUUAAAACUGGUGCAGGCAAUACGGAGAUUUCGAAACCUCGCCCGCUAAAAAGCCUUUUUAUUUUUGCGCAGAUUCUCAUUUUUUCAGACACACGCACACAAGCGAAUCAGUUUGUCUAUAUAUAUAUAUAUAUAUAUAUAUAUAUAUAUAUAUAUAUAUAUAU